AUGGGCUUUGGGCGUCAGCUGCGGGCGCGGAGCGAGAGCUCGGGCCUUGAACACCUCAACUACCAUGGCUGUAAAGCUCUGAUCCUCAAGAAGGAAGCCCUGGCUGCAACGAAAAUGCUUGAGGAAGAAGUGGCUCGCAUCAAUGAUGUUUUUAUAGCAGAGGAAAGCCGGUGUCAAGACCGCUUCAGCGAGCUUGAGCGCCAUCGAAUCAAGACCGGGACCUAUCCCAUCGGUGCCCUGCCGGCCCUUACUCAGUCCGUUGUCACGCUCAUGAACUACGGGCGUUGGAAUUACGUCGCUGUCAUGCGCCUCUUUCGGCUAGCCGAGACUUGUCACUGCUACAUUCGCGGCACAGCCCAUCACGUGUUGAAUGACGCCUACUUUUAUCGCUCUCUGGGGCCCGCAAGAAUACUUUGUCGGCUACCCCGCCGAACAGUAGACACGCGCAACCUGUCAGACCCCGCCGUCUUGGAUCUGGCGCCGGAUGAGGAUGACCAACACUUGCCCGCGUCCCCAGGCGAGUCGGAGACGGCGGGGGAUGCGAUCAACCAAACUGAGGAGCUCGGUCCACUUAGCGCUCUGGAUGAUGAUUGCCCCAUCUGCCUCAGCGAUCGCAUGCUCGAUCCUUGCAUGUGCUCGUGUGGCCACGUCUUUUGCUACGAAUGCAUCACCCAAACGGAGCGGCAGUGUCCUAUUUGUCGCAAGCACCACUUCCAGACCUUUGCCAUGCUGGGGUCGGGAGACAUCAUUUCUGCCGAGCGACAGCGUCAAGACGAGACCUGGCUUCAUGCAGCCUGGGGAUAUGGUCGCGAUACCCUGUGGUAUCUUCUCCUCACCGUUGUGCUCAUGCCUUUUCUGCUGUUUGUGUUUGGUGUGGGUUUUGUCUGGUCCGUGGGCCGGUCGGCCAUUUGCGUGGUCCUGGGCGUCAAGCACGAGUUUCCUGCACCGUUUCGCUAUGCCCGUUUCCCGUUUCUGGCCCCUCAGUAUGUCAAUACCGCCCCGCCCCCAUGGACCACUCCGGCCUUAUGGCAAGCAUAA